AUGUCUCGCCCUCACCAGCUGUGGCUUUUCGCUGGCAAAAACGAUAAGUCGAGGGUCAACUCUGCCGACAUUUCGGCAGGCGAGCUCCAGAACGAAGUUCGUCGCCUAACAUGCCUCAGCACCAAGGACACCAUCGUUCUGACAUCGGCGCGCCCUCCUUAUGACUCCAAGCAUCCUCCAUCCGAGCCAAUUUACGCUACAGUCGAUGCUGUGGCGGAUUUUGCUGAACAAUUUACUCGUCUCGAAGCUGAAAAUUCUCAACUUCGGAAGGCCGUCAAAUCUUUGGCUGAUCAGGUGGUCGAAGCCAACAGACUUGCUGCCGAUGCCAAAAGUGAGAAUACUUCGUUGAAGGAAGAAGUAAGUCGGCUGAAGCGUCAAAUGAAGGAUGAUCAAGAUGCCAGGCGUGCAGCGGCGGCUGCGAUUGAUGAGAAGGAGGGUGUCCUCCGCGAAUCCAUCAAGGGUUUACUGGAGGCCGCCAACUUAACUGUCAGUCGUCGUCAUCAGCUUCGGGAGGAUUCUACGGCCGACGCCUUGUCACUUGCUGCUGAGUCAAAUGUCCAGAUCCUCAAAUUGCUGCAGAAGUCCAAGGGAGCGCUGUCGAAGUUAUACUCGAUGAUCUUCCCUAAGGCGAAGCUGGACAAGACUCUCGACGAGAUGGCUGAAGCCUUCCUUAUCGAUCCCUCCGAACCUGUAGAGAUUCCUUCAUCUUCUUCCCGUGCUGAGCUCUUUCCAAAUUCCUCGGGUAACGAUGAAUCAGGCCUUGUUCGUCAGUUACGUGAUCAGGUAUAG